AUGCCCCACGCCACCACCCACCGCGUCCUCUUCAUCGACGCCUAUGAUUCUUUCACUAACAACAUCAUCGCCCUCCUCGAAACGAAUCUCCGCGUCGAAGUCACAACUAUCAAAAUCGAUGAACCUAUCCGGAACUUGGCAGAGUUCCUAAGACCGUUCUCCGCAGUCGUCGCGGGACCUGGUCCCGGCGACCCGAGGAAUCCUAAGGACGUAGGGUGGGUUCAAGAACUGUGGAAGCUUGGAAACCAGGAUUUGUUACCGGUUUUGGGAAUCUGUCUUGGGUUUCAGAGUCUCGUGCUGGCUUUUGGGGGAACGAUUGAUAGGUUAGGGGAGCCGAGACAUGGGAUUGUCAGGAGGGUUAGGGGAAAUGGGGAAAUUAUUUUUCGGGGGGUGGAGGAGGUAGAAACGGUUCAGUAUCAUUCCCUUUACGCUUCUCUUGGACCGGAGGGCAAGCAUGAAUGGACAAGGUCCUACGAAGCGAGAAGUUCAUUACUCAAAUGCUCGGAUCUCCGACCUUUGGCUUGGGACUACGAAAUGGACAAUGCCGGAGACCGCACAGAGGACGCCAUGUCUUCCAAUCCGCCGCGAGUUUUGAUGGCUGUAGAGCACAAGUCAAAGCCGUUCUUUGGGAUACAGUUCCACGCAGAAUCUAUUUGCUCAAAUAACAGUGCCCGAAAGGUCAUUGAAGCAUGGUGGGAAAUUGCAAAGAGAUGGAGAAGGCCACGCCGAGACAUUGAAUCUUUGCCGGCUUCACACCGUUCGUGUUACGCAGGCCUUGGAACCGUUCACAUUGACUCGAAGGACGAGAAUUCGCUCCUAGAAUAUCGAAGAGUACUUGAUGACUCGAAGAUUCAUUCGAACUCAAUCAGUGACCUCCGCAAUGGGCCAAAGCACAACCUGAAUCUCCAGGAAGACCUAAAAGGAUACAACGGUGCCUAUCUAUCGCAAGGUCACCGUCAAAAAAGCAAAGUCCGGGUUGAAACACGAAUUAUAAAUGUGGGAAAAGCCACUGUACCCUCGAUCUGUGAGACUCUUGGCUUGACUGACGGAGAUGCAAUUAUCCUGGACUCCGAAAUGCAUCAAAGGCAUGAUGUGGGAGAGCACAGCAUCAUCGGCAUCAUAUCCACAGACUCCAUGCAUUUCGAUUAUAAUGUUGGCACGAAUGAGGUCCGCCGAGUCCACAAUCAAUCGAGCGACACAAUAGAUCUUCGACGCUGUGGAGGGAGUAUCUUCUCAUACUUGAAAACUUUCAUGGCUCAGUACAAGGUCGAAAGUUCCAACACAGGGGUUCCCUUUUGGGGCGGUCUCAUGGGAUUUAUCAGCUAUGAAGCAUGUCUGGAGACCAUUGGCAUCACCCACUCGCAGCGACGCACCGAAAACGACUUCCAAAGACCGGAUUUAAGUUUCAAGUUCGUCGAACGAAGUAUUGUAAUUGAUCAUUUCCACCAAAAGAUCCAUGUCCAAACAAUCAAGCCCGAUGAUCAAGACUGGCUUGAUAAGACUACUCUGCGAUUAAAUAGCACAAGACCUAUAGCCCCAGUAUUUCCGACCCCAGAUCCUCUCUAUUUCAAUGCUGAAAUGUCACUCCCCGACGCUGCCUCCUACCAGUCCAAAGUCCGAGCCUGCCAAUCCGCAAUCCGAGCCGGCGACUCCUAUGAGCUCUGCCUGACAAACCAAGCCACCAUCCACCCCCAGAACCGUCUUCCAACCUGGCCACUCUACCUCCGCCUUCGCCAACUCAACCCAGCUCCCUUCUCCGCCUACGCGCGUCUCGGAAAACUGACUCUCCUGUCCAGCUCACCCGAGCGAUUCUUGCGGUGGUCGCGACCAACAGAGUCGUCAGGUUCCAAGACCAAUGACGCAUUUGACCGCAAAGAGAAGACCAUCAAUUGCCAAUUCCGUCCCAUCAAGGGCACCGUGAAGCGCCAACCUGACCCCAACACUCCACCACUUACCCUCGCCGAAGCGACAGCUCUGCUCGCGACGCCCAAAGAGCGCGCGGAGAAUCUGAUGAUUGUGGACUUGAUACGGCACGAUCUCCACGGCGUAGUGGGGUCGGGAAAGGUCAGUGUGCCGAAGUUGAUGGUGGUGGAGGAGUACGCUACGCUCUUCCAACUCGUCAGUGUUGUCGAGGGAAGUCUCAUCGUUGAAGACGGCCAUGACAGAGACACCAGCAACGGAAACAACGGGACUGACAGUCACCCCACCGACAGCACCCCCAAUCACCCCAGCAUGGGAAAGACCACGCAGAGCACCCACGCAGCCAAAACAGGCAUCGACAUCCUCGCCGCCUCCCUCCCACCCGGCAGCAUGACCGGCGCCCCGAAACUGCGCUCCUGCCAGAUCCUCCGCUCCCUCGAGAACCGCCCUCGCGGUGUAUACUCCGGCGUACUCGGCUACAUGGACGUAGGCGGCGGUGGGGAUUUCUCCGUCGUCAUCCGCAGCGCCGUGCGAUGGGAUCACAAUGCCCGUCCCAAGCGCGAAGCGAGUGGAGAAAACGGCGUCGUUGGAGAUGACAAUGUUACAGAUGGAGAUGGAGGGAACGAAGCUGAGGGCGACGAAUGGACGAUCGGGGCAGGGGGCGCGGUGACGAGUCUCAGCUCCGAGGAGGGGGAGUGGGAGGAGAUGCUCGCGAAGCUGAGGAGUACGUUGCGGCUUUUCGAAGGAGAUGGAUGUGGUGAAGGGAGGGGGUAA